AUGUCGCUCCAAUCGACAUGGUCAUGCUUCAGACCAGCGGCCGCCCGGCGCGUGCCGCCAACAGUCCCGCGGACGGCGGCGGCGGCGCUGAGCACCACCUCUGCCUCGCGCAGCCAGCAAAUCCCCCCCGAAUCGCCAUCCUACAUUCGCCUCCCGCAGGUUCCGCAGUCAACCGAGACCAAGCCGGAGCGAGUACGCGGCACGCUCCCCGUGCCCCGCGCCAUCUUUGACCGUGCCGACGGCGAUCGCAAAGCGCGGCCCGAAUACGUGGAGAGGACGGCGCCGCGGCGCCGCGACGACGAAAAUAACCGCCGCCCCCUCAACAGCGACACCCAAAAAUGGAAGAAGCAGCUCGCCGAUAGCCGGCGCGAGAACCUCGCGCAAGCCGCGGGCCGCCGUCAUGACGCGCGCACCGUGCUCGAGUCCAUCUACGACACGGCCGUGCGACCAGACCCCGAGCGCUUCGCAAAGGCGGAGCGCAGCCGUGCGCGCGUGCAGGCGCUCGAGGGCGCCCGCCGCGACGCCCGCCGCGACGCCCUCAUGGAGCUCUACAUCAACGCCACCACCUUCAUCGUCACCGAGGCCGAGCUGCAGGCCGAGAUUGACACCAUUUUCCACGAAGACUAUUUCCGCAAGCUCAGCAUCAAGGGCCUGCGCGCCGGCGCCACCGAAAACGUAUGGGGUGUCCACGGCGCGCCCCCCGGCCUCGCCUCCAUGUUUGAGACGGUCAGCAGGACCUCGACCAACGUCGCCAAUGCCAGCGAGUCCGAGUUUGACCACUCGGUCAAGCGCACAAAGAAGAUUUCGGAAGAGCUGACUGGCGGCAAGAUGGCAUAA